AUGUCCAAGCGAAGCUUCUUUCAAGUUGCCCAAAAGACCAUGUCAGCGCUGAGUAACCAGCCCGCGGCCUCUCACGACAACAAAAGCAUGGAUUUUAUUCAGUUGUACCACGACUUAUAUGAUGAAUCGCCGGAGACUCGUAUCCUUUGCGGAGAGGCUCGUUUCAAGGAAUUGCUUGAGAGUCUCACAUUCGGGGGCUUGACCACAGUUCAUGAGUUGAAGAUUACGAAAGGAAUCUGUCGCCGCAAAGAUGUCGAGUGCGCCGAGCUGGUGGAAACGGCCCCGGACCCAGACGCUGGUGGACGGUGCGAACUCCAAGUACUGUUCUUGAAACCCUUCAUGCGGAAUGCCGUCACCUUAUCACCAACCUCCUUCUUUCAACUGCUCAAGGCCACUGGCGCGUCACCAUCAUAUCUCGAAGUAUUGAUGGACAACAAUGGGCUUUACAGUUCGCUCACUGUUCCUGGCCCAAAUGACGCACCUACAGACUACUACAUAUUCAUCAAAUAUCCAUUUGGCCCCUUUGCUAAUGGCUCCUUCAUGCUGCAUCAUCACUUCCAUACAGGGAAGACCAGUGUCGUGAUCGAAGUACCGAACACGCAGCUUCUAGCGGAGCGAACGUUCGAAUUAUUCUCGACGCCUUAUUACUCAACCACAUCUGGUCUUCCGCACCCCCUAGUUCCACUUGCAUUGUUCGUGGACCAUCUCCGGUGCCUCAAUGAAGAUGAGCGAGUUGAUAUUGACAAAUCAAUCCGCCAUCUCGAAUCGAGGUCCGGGGUCGCAUUGCACAAUUUCGGCUCUCGCACCCGCGCGAGGAUAUCUGAAUUUGCCGUCUUGAAAGAGGAGCUGCACAUGAAGGAGGCGCUGAUGGCGAUGGCCGAUCAUAUUUUCUCGUUCCAGAUGAAGAUGGUCGCUUUUGCUAUUGGAGAGUCCGGAAACUUCCAUGCGCUCUUACAGCCUCUCUUCACGAACACUUCCACGCAUAGACAAGUCAAUUUCGUAAAAGCGUGUCUCAGUCUGAACGGGAGUAUGGCCACUUGGACCGUGGCACAACUUCAUUCUCUCAGGGAAAGACUUCGCGUGCAGGCUAAAGUGGUGGAUGGGACCAUCACAGCUACAGACACGUUGACCAUGAUCCGGCUCGCUCAGAACUCUCAAUCAGACAGCAACACCAUGAAAGCAAUCACCGUCCUAACCAUGAUCUUCCUGCCAGCGAUAUUCGUGUGCUCGCUCUUCAGCAUGGGAUUCUUCAAUUUCCAGACCUCCCCGUCUGAGCUCAAAUUCCAAGUCGCCAGUCAAUUCUGGAUAUACUUUGCCGUAGCCAUUCCCCUGACUGUGGUGGUGCUGGGCAUAUGCGCUGCAUGGCUGAGGAGGAGCGGUCGGGAUGGUGAUUCCAUCAGCGAAUUUCCCACGAAGUGA